AUGCAGCAUCUUGAAACCAACAACGUGUUUCAGAUCUGCGGCAUUGACAGCUUGGCUCCGCUUACUUAUCUACCCAUACUAGUGCUUGGACACAGCAUCCUGAAGAGCUUGUAUCAAUCGCAAGCGCACGUUGGUGUGAAUGCUUUCUUAGGAAAAGAUUUCUUCAUCUUGGCAUCCUCCACUCUCACCGACCUCGUCCUCGCACAUGAUUGUCCCAACAGCAAUACCUACGACCUUGCGGAGACUUAUAGGAACAGAAAUAUAGAGAAAUCAGAAGAAGCUUCACGUUGGUUCUAUUGUGGCGGUCUGGCAUCCACCUUGUUCUUCACGCCGAUAAUCAGCUUCUGUCACAUCCACAAGAAGAUCCCCAAUCCACGACUGACCAAGAACAUCCGGCUCAUCAUUCGACUUUGUGUCGUCGUCAUCCUGGCAUGUAUACCACUGGCACAUCAUCUCACAUCUCUUUCUCUCAUCGGCAUUACAACCUCUCUCUUCCUCCUCGUGCUUAUCCUUGACAUCUUCGGCAACUCUUGUCCUGGCGAUCAGUUCUUCACUGGUGGCUGGGGCAGCAGUCCUGACACGCGAUGUAAGUACACCGCUAGACUAGAGAUGAGAAAGCAGAGGAGGGCAGAGCUGCAGAAGAAGUUGACAGCAGGCGAGAAGAUCAAGUUGGAAGAUACAUUGCACAGGUCAAGGUCAGGAAGUAUGGGAAGCGAGACUACGAUGGAUGUAGAUGAGGAGUGGCAUGAUGGGCAUUGGUAA